AUGCCAAAACCUUCUGUUCUUAAAAGGCAACAGAAAGAAAAAAUAAAUACAGCUCAUUCCAUUCGGCAAGCAGCAAAUACUAUACAACCUAAAAAUCUUACUGACCUUAGUUCAAGUGAGGAAUAUGAAAGUAAUAACUCUAAUGGGGAUGACAAUUCAGAUGAUGAUUUUGUAGAUGAACUAGGUAAUGAUGAGGAUGCAAAUUCUAUAAUUGACCGUCUUCUUGCAGCUUCAGAAGCUAGUUUUGAAAAAAAGGGACGGCCAAAAUUAUAUACUGGGCUUUCUGCAAGAACUCGUCAAAGAAAAAAAAAAGUAUUAAAAGAAGCUGCAGUAGGAAGUUUAAAAAUUACGAGUUUUUUUUGCACUACUAAUACUCAGCCACGGGUCACUGACGAUGAAGAAGAUAUUGAAGACCAUGGUUCUUCUGAAAGAGAAUACGAUAAUGAUGACUUAGGGAAUGAUAAUGAAUCAGAUGAUAGUG